AUCUCACACCCUUUUCCAUGCAAAAUAACAGUCAUACUCACACUCAACACAAUCUUGGGAGAGGUAACAACAACAGCUCUGGUUUUUCUUUGCAGCCUUCACAGCUAGCUAACACAAAAAUGAGAAUCUUGAGUUACCUUUACAUUGUUCUCCUUUGCAUUAUUCAAGACUCAAGAGAGCUUAAAUAGGGAAAGAGGAACAAGGCCUUUUUCAGUUACCUCUAAAUCCAGUUCUUGCAAUUCCAUUUGUGAGUGAGUUGUUGGAAUUGGAAUUUGGAAGUAGCUAGGCAGUGUCUCAAAUUAAUGGCAUCCAUGUCUCUUAUUCUUCUUUGGUUCCUCUUUUUUGCUAGUGAAAUGAUGUCAAUGGGAAAUAGUUUACACAAGGGGCACAUGGUAAUGGAAGAGGAGGAACUGUUGGGAUUGUUUGAAGUGAUGGAUGCUCUUCUGGAAGACCCUUACUGGGCCCAAGCACAUCCAAAGCCAUGCACUGAUACUCCAUGGCCAGGUGUUGAGUGUGAACUUGGCAGCAAUAACCAACAAAUCUUUCAUGUCACCAAAAUCCACAUUGGUCCUGAUAUAGUCUUCCCAUUCUCACCUUGCAAACCCUCAGCUUAUCUCUCACACUCCUUGCUGAAACUCAAGUAUAUAAAAACCCUUUCAAUUUUUAACUGUUUUGUUGCUUCACCAGUUACUCUACCCAAAACUCUCUUUGGUCCUUUCUCUUCACUAGAACACUUAGCUUUGGAGAAUAACCCUUCCCUCUAUGGUGAAAUACCUACAAGUUUGGGAGGUGUUGCUGGUCUUAGGGUCCUGAGCCUCUCCCAGAACAGCUUACAAGGAAACAUCCCUAGCCAGAUUGGUGGUUUGGUUAGUCUAGAGCAACUUGACCUUAGUUAUAACAACUUGAGUGGUCAAAUCCCAAAGGAAAUUGGAGGUUUGAAAAGCAUGACCAUAUUGGACCUAAGUUGCAAUGCAGUUGAAGGGUUUCUGCCUUGUUCUCUUGGAAAGCUUCAACUUCUCCAGAAGAUGGAUUUGCACUCUAACAGACUCAGUGAAAACAUUCCUCCUGAUAUAGGAAACCUCAAGAGGUUAGUCUUGCUUGAUUUGAGUCAUAAUUUUAUUGUAGGGCCUAUUAGUGAAACCUUCUCAAGUUUAGACCUUUUGGAAUAUUUACUCAUUGAUGACAACCCCAUUAAAGGAGGGAUACCCCAGUUCAUAGGGAAGCUUAAGAAGCUCAAAUCAUUGAGUUUAUCAGGGUGUGGAUUAACAGGUUCUAUACCCUACUCUUUCUCUUCCUUGAAAAAUCUUACAGCUCUCUCCUUAGGUAACAAUAGUCUUAUUGGACAAGUUCCUCCAAAUUUGGGUUCACUCCCAAGCCUAGAUCAACUGAAUAUCAGCCACAACAAGCUGAGUGGGGUUCUAGAGCUACCUGGUGACUUCAUUCAAAAGUUAGGUAAAAGAUUGGAUUUAAGAGGAAACAGUGAACUCUGCAUCAAUGAUCAGUCAAAGAAGAAGAACCUCUCUUCUUACUUGGAAAUCCCUUCUUGUUUGAACACACGACAGAGAAAUGAUGAUAAUUAUUUUGCCGGUGGACCACUUCAAGAUCUUUCAGGACUAAAGCCGUCUUGGUAUGAUAGCAACCCAAGUUCAUGUUCAUCAUGGCCUAAUGAUCUACAUGUCAUCAUAUUUACCUUGGUUUUAAACCUGGUUAUCUGAUUCCUGAAUAUCAUUUUGUGUAACACUAGAAAUUAAUAUUAUAUAAAUGUUAUUCUACUCUUUUUUCUUUGGUCA